CUUCACGAAGCUAUCCGGUGCGGCGCUGUCGAGUCAGCGCUCGUGCUGCUCGAUAAUGGUGCCGACUACAUGACGACAGACUCUUUCAAGCAGACGUGCCUGCACCUGAGCCUCCGAUACGGCUGCGAUGUGCUCGUCUCAGAGUUCCUCGAGUUGGGGCUUGACAUCCGGGCAGUGGACAGGUUCGGCAUGACGCCUCUGCACCGAGCGUGCAGCCGAGGCAAUGUCCAGCACGUUUGGAUGCUCCUUCAGAAAGGAGCAAGUUUCAAAACAAAGAAUCAUUUUGCUCGGCGGCCCGUCGACUUGGCCGUUGAGUGGCAUCAUGCAGACGCUGUCAAGUCAGUC